CUCGUCACAGUUUCCUGUGUGGUGUGAGGCUUGUCAGUUUGAUCAAACGGAGUUCAGACUUCUGGGUGAAAUAAAACUCUCCUCUCCAGUAGUUCAAAUGUCAAACCCAGUGGUCACCAAUCAACCUGGUGCAGGAGGCUAUGGGACGAAUGUCCAGACCGGAGAGUGGAGCACUGGCUUGUGUUCCUGCUUUAGUGACUGCUUAAUCUGUGCUUUUGGUUGCCUCUGUCCAAUUGGUCUAAGCUGCUACACUGCAAAUAAGUAUGGCGAAAACUGCUGCCUGGGUUGUGUGCCAGGAGGCAUGACUGCCAUGAGGACUCAUAUGAGACUGACGUAUGGCAUCCAGGGGACGGUGUGCAACGACGCCCUCAUGACUUUUUUCUGCGGACUUUGUGAACUGUGCAGGAUGGCCCGAGAAAUUCGCAUCAGGAAUGGAGACAUUUCAAUGUAACAUGAGGAUUUUAUAAUAAGUGUAAUUCUGUUCAGAAUACAAUUUUUUUUGUAUAUAGCAUGCUUUUACUGAAAACAUCUUAUGUGCAUGUCUAAAAUGAUUUAAACAUUUCACACCCUUGUCAUGUUUGUGUAAAAUUAGAGAAUGACUCAAAAUGUACAAGGUAUAUGAAUAUUUUAUUAAAAAUCAAACUGCUUA